AUGGCAGACAAACUGCAAGGAACAACCGUCCUCGUCACCGGCGGAGCGGGCGGUUUGGGUAAGGUGAUAGCGACAGCUUAUUUAAACGAGGGCGCCAACGUAGUCGUCUGUGAUAUCAACGAAGAGAGAUUGCAACAGGUUCGGGGGGAGUUGGAAUCGAUAGGACGCUUCCUUGCCGUGAACACUGAUAUCACGGACGAAUUUGCAGUAAAUAAACUCGUGGAUACCACCGUAACUAAGUUCGGUCGCCUGGAUAUUGUCGUCAGCAAUGCUGGCAUGACGGAUAAAUUCGACCCCGUGGGUUCGUUGAGCAAGGAACACUGGGACAGGAUUAUCAAUCUCAACUUGACGGGUUCGUUUCUGAUCUUUAAGGCUGCCGUGAACGCCAUGCAGAAACAAUCGCCGUCCGGAGGUACCAUUAUCCAGAUCGGGUCGACGGCCAGUUGGCACGGAACGGCAGCAGGAGCAGCAUACACAGCUAGCAAGCAUGGCGUAGCCGCCCUCGUAAAAAACACAGCAGGAUUCUACGAGGGAAAGGGCAUCUACUCCAUAGGGCUUAGUAUCGGUGCUAUGAUCGACACCAACAUACAGGACGGGUUCAAGGUGCUAGGCGGAUUCAAUACGGAGGCAUACGCACUGAGCAUCUCGGCCAACUUCGAGCCCGAGAGACAAGCCGUCCAACUCAAAGACGUCGCAAAGUACUGCGUGUUUUUGGCUGAUCGAGAUAUCGCAGCCACGGCGAAUGGAACGAUGAUUACCUUUAACAAGAACCACCCGAGAGCGUGA